CCUUGUAAGUCAUCGCUAAUGAACUUAAGAACAAAUAAAUGUUUGCAAAGACGCAAUUUUAGUCUAUAUCCUAUAUCUGUGGUUGCAGAAGAAUCAAAAUUUGCUGAAAAGAUACGUAUACGUAUAAGACUGGCUGAUAACAAGACUAGAGUUCAUCUUUGUGACAUUUAUGGAAGGCAUUUUAGAAAGGAUAUCAUCAAGGUUUGACCGGAAUUUUACAAAAUUUUAAGUUUAACUUGAACUUGAAGCGCCUGGCAACAUGGGAAAUGGCAUGAACAAGGUAUUGCCCGGCUUGUAUGUAGGCAAUUAUCGUGAUUCGAAAGAUACGCAACAAUUGGAUAAAUUUCAAAUCACUCAUAUAGUGGCCAUACAUGACAGUCCGAGACGGUUAUUGCCGGACAAACACUAUCUAUGUGUUAUGGCCGCAGAUACGCCCGAUCAGAAUCUAUCGCAGUAUUUUACCGUGUGCAACGAUUUCAUACAUGCGGCUAGAUUACGUGAGGGCAAUGUCUUAAUACACUGCCUAGCCGGUAUGUCACGUUCGGUCACUGUAGCAGUGGCUUAUAUAAUGACUGCAACAAAUCUUAGUUGGAAAGAUGCCUUGAAAGUAGUGCGGGCGGGACGAGCUGUAGCCAAUCCAAAUAUUGGAUUUCAAACGCAACUACAAGAAUUCGAAAUGUAUCGCUUGGCCGAGGAACGAAGGCGCCUAAGAGAGCGUUUUCCUUCAACAGCUUUGGAGCAACUAGAUCGUACUAAAUGUAUGACUGCGUUGGAUAACUACGAAGAGUUGUUACAAAAUAAGGACAUCUGCGAAGGCAAUUGUGCCAAGGGGGAAAAAUGUCCCACAGGUGUUUGCAAUAUGGACCCCACCAAGGGCCUCUUCCGCCGUCGGCCCUCUUCUGCUUCGACACGUUCACGUUUAAAACCUCAAUCUGCGGCCGGUGGCAUAACCACCGCCCAAUCGUGUCCUACUUCUCCGAAACAUAGUGGUUGCAGUCAAGCGGGCGGUUCCCGUCGAUCGCUUGGCGAACAGAGGAUACCUGAAGACGAAGAGGCCCACCUUAGUCCGACCACAUCCUCCGAAGCGGCUGAGUAUGCUGCGGCCAUUGAGGCUGCUCGAUUAGAGCAACAACAACAACAGCAACGUUUACAAGUACAACAACAACAACAGCAGCAACAGCAGCAACAACAACAAAAACAACAACAACAGCAACAGCAGCAGCAACAGCAAUUAAAAUCUCCCACCAGAAGUUCGAGUCGUUCUCCACGUGGCGGUAGCGCUGGUAGCCGUUUGACUGGUAACAUAAACAACGUGACUGCGGUAGAUAGAACUGCCAAGAAGACCGAGGAACCGAUAAAUGGUAGUUUGCAACGCAGUGCCAGUACGGUAAGCGGUUUAGGAGUACGUCCACGUAGUAGUCCGGCCGGUUUAUAUUCCUACACAGGUUCGGUGCCAUCCUCACGUGUAGAUUUACGGGACAGCGAUAGAGGGUCGGCUAUAUAUCUGGGUUGCUCAGCACCGCGUACAUCUACCCUAUCAUUGGCCUCAUCUCGAGGUUCGGCAGGCAGUUCUGCUCCGGCGUCACCAGCCCGAACUCCACCUGUCAGCCCUAGACAUGGUGUGCGAAGAUCUGCCAGUUUAGUGAAAAAACAAAGAUGAAAUAAUUGGGCGGCAACGAAAAGGCAAGAAAUUGACUGUUACAUACAAAUAAAAUCUGUCUAAAGCAUUUUUAUUAUUUAAUCAAAACAAUGCAUUUCUUAAAUUAAUUUUGUUAAGAAGAGAAAAAGUAUUGGAAAAAUUAUUCCUGCUGUUCGCCUCCCUUUUCCUCUCCAUAUAAUCUAUAAUAAUUAAUUAUUAAGCUUUCGAAUUUAAAAAGCAAACCUUUUAAAGCCUAGGGAGCAAAGUUAAGCCAAAGUUAAAAGAUUUACAUAAAGUCGAAACUUGAAAAGCAAUGAAUAUUUUUUUUAAAUCAACAACAAUGUGAACAAAAAAAAAAAAAAA